AUGAGGAGUAGUCAAAUAAGGGGGACCCAAUUAACACCAACAUCCACCAGUCAGUUGGGAGCUGAGACCAAGUGGGCUCACAGCUCGGAGACCCCCAGUUUGGGCGCACGUGCGAGGGCUCAGGCGUGCGUAGUUAGCCAGCGUGGGCAAAAACAAAACGUGGCGACCAGAGAUACAUGGGCGCGAGAUGUUGAGUAA